AUUAAAACUAGAAUAGAAAAUAGAAUUAGAAUACCGUGGAGGCUACACAAAACCCUCAUCUUCAAUUAUAUAAUAAUCACUCAAUCCACAACACAAUUCAAAUUCAUUCUCUUCAAUCCAAUCCAAUUCAAUCCAAACACGCAACCUCUUCUCCCCAAUUCUUGCUAAACCGUUUCUGAAUCCGAUACGAUUUCAACAACCAAACCCUAAGUUUCCGAUUCAUUUCAGCCUUCAGUUCGUUGAUAAACUUUAUUGAAAAACAAUGGCUAAAGGUGGCUUCAAGCAAGAACAUGAAUUCUCAAAGAGGCAUGCUGAGGCUUCAAGGAUCAGGGAGAAAUAUCCUGAUAGAAUUCCGGUGAUUGUGGAGAAGGCUGAAAAAAGCGACAUUCCUAACAUUGACAAGAAGAAAUACCUUGUCCCUGCUGAUCUUACUGUUGGGCAGUUUGUGUACGUGAUACGUAAACGAAUCAAGCUGAGCGCAGAAAAAGCUAUUUUUAUUUUCGUGGAGAACGUCCUUCCACCUACUGGUGCAAUAAUGUCUACAAUUUAUGAUGAGAAGAAGGAUGAAGAUGGAUUCCUCUAUGUUACCUACAGUGGGGAGAACACAUUCGGGUCUGAUCGUUAGUGAAGUUCUUGUCAAUAUGACGCUAAGUGUUUGCCUUUGCUGAUAAUGAUUCUUAUUUUCUGUAUAGCUGUUUAGUAAAUAUUCUCUACAAAAUUGUUGAAUUCUAUCCAGUUAAUCAAUAACACAGUUUCGUUCAGAUUCUUUUGUCGAA